AGUCUCUGAGGCGUGCUGGAACCGCGCCGCCGGAGGCCUCGCCGCUAUGGGCCGCAACAAGAAGAAGAGGCGAGAUGGCGACGACCGGCGGCCGAGGCUCGUUCUCAGCUUUGAUGAAGAGAAGCGGCGGGAGUACCUGACUGGCUUUCAUAAGAGGAAGGUAGAGCGGAAGAAGGCAGCCACUGAGGAGAUCAAGCAUCGGCUCAAGGAGGAGCAGAAGAAGCUCCGGGAGGAGCGGCGUCAGGAAUACUUGAAGAUGCUGGCAGAGAGAGAGGAGGCCCUGGAGGAGGCAGAUGAACUGGACAUGCUGGUGACAGCGAAGACAGAGUCGGUGCAGUAUGACCACCCCAACCACACGGUCACCGUGACCACCAUCAGCGACCUAGACCUCUCGGGGGCCCGGCUGCUGGGACUGCCCCCACCAGAGCAAGGGACUGGCCACAGGCCCGAGGAAGAGGUGACCUCCACGGAAAAGCCGACCAGAGCCUUACCCCGGAAAUCCAGAGAUCCCCUCCUGUCCCAGCGGAUCUCCGCUCUCACGGCGUCACUGCACGCACACAGCCGCAAGAAGACCAAGAGGAAACGUCCCCGACGGGCUCUGGACUCCACCAAGAAGCCCCCAAGUGCCACCCGUACGAGCAAGACCCAGCGCCGCCGGCUGACGGGCACGGCCCGGCACGGCUCAGAGUGAGCCCCGAGAACCAGGCCGUGCCCCGCCCGGGCUGAAAGCUUGGCAGUCCCAGGAACCCAGCCCUGAGGGCGCGACUCUGCAGCCCAGGCCUGGGAGGCCAGCACCUGUGGCCUGGAGCUGGGACUCGGGAGGGGGCAGGCAGCUGAGAGGUGGCUCCCGGCGGGAGGAGCCUUCAGAGCCAAAUCCUGGGCAUCUUCCCACCGGUGUCCCCACGGAGCCAUCAUCAGAUUGUGAAACUGA